UCGGUGCAGCUGUAACGCAGCAUACUUAUGAGACAGACAGGGAUAGUUGCUAUUACAAGACUCACUUCCUUCUUGUCCAGCGUUCCCGGAUCCAUGAUGCCCUUUUUAACUAUGGUUUAUUUCAAAACAGGUUUUUGAUUUAUUUGGACGUCGGAGAGAGACAUUUCUACAUACCCGCAUAGGAGUAAAAGCUGCAUUAUUCAUUUUACGCGUCACUGUGUCACAGAUCUUUUUGUGAAUAUCUCAGCGAGUAUUCCCCCCCCCCCCUUCUUGUCAUGGAAUAGAGAAUGGACUAGUUGUUAUUUGACCAGCUAUAUGAAGCCCUUUGAACUGAAGUAUUCUAUAUGACAUGAAGCCUUUUUGGAGCUGAGGAAACAUGACUCGGUUUGGUUCCUCUACCCUGAAUCGGGUGCUGUUUUCUUUAGCCUGACCCGUUUCUUGCCAACUUCACGCGCCCGGCAUAAGCAUCUCUGAGGACGGAGGGCUCGAGCCGUACGAUUUACAUCCCUUGCCCUCUCCUCUCCGUCUCUCGAGCUUGAGAAUGCUGGAGUUCUUUUACUGUCACUUCAACAACCACUCGUCCUCGGUACCCGCUGACUUGACGCGGAGGUGGGCGCAGUGUAUUUAGUUCAUUCUAAACGGAAAUGCUUUAUGGAGAUACAACAACCUUGGGUACCUUAUCAGAUAAAUCAUUUUUAAAAACAAGUGGAGCCUGACAGCAAGAGACGCAUCGGCAGAAAUCGGAGCCCAUACUGCGAUACCGACGCUGAAUGGGAACAGCACGUCUCAAUGCCCUGCCAAUGUCCGCCUCACGAGAACACUCAUUUACAGACGUUUUGGGUUACUAAAUGGUUUUCUGGGGGAUUUAUGAAAGGCAAAAUGCUGCUUCUAGUUCUGUUGGCCUUUUCCGUAUCGAGUACAUUUUCUGACUUGGAUUCUGACCUCUCGGCGGAGACCUGCAGUGUGUGCUCUUGCAUGUCCAUCGAGAACGUCCUCUAUGUGAACUGUGAGAAGAUAACUGUGUACAGACCGACACAGCUGCUUCCCCCGGCCUCCAGCCUCUACCAUUUGAAUUUUCAAAAUAACCUAUUGAUCAUCCUUUACCCCAACUCCUUUCUCAAUUUCACCCAUGCAGUCUCGUUGCAGCUGGGGAAUAACAAAUUACAGAACGUAGAGGGAGGGGCCUUCUUUGGCCUCAGUUCGUUAAAGCAGCUGCACUUAAACAACAACGAGUUAAAAGCACUCCGUGCUGACACUUUUGUGGGGAUUGAGAACUUGGAAUACCUCCAGGCUGACUAUAACUUGAUAAAGUACAUUGAAAAAGGAGCCUUCAACAAACUCCAUAAGCUCAAAGUCCUAAUUCUCAAUGACAAUCUGGUCCAGAGCCUUCCUGACAACAUUUUUCGCUUCGCCUCUCUGACUCAUUUGGAUAUAAGGGGAAAUAGGAUUCAAAAGCUACCUUAUCUUGGCGUUUUGGAACACAUUGGACGUAUAGUGGAAUUGCAGCUGGAUGACAACCCAUGGAAUUGCACUUGUGAUUUGUUACCGCUGAAAGCUUGGCUUGAGAAUAUGCCCUAUAACAUUUUUAUUGGGGAGGCUAUAUGUGAAACCCCCAGUGAUCUAUAUGGCAGGCUCCUGAAAGAAACUAACAAGCAGGAGCUAUGCCCCAUGGGAACAGGUAGUGACUUUGAUGUAAAGAUGCCCCCCUCCCAGCCAGAUAACGGACAGAUAACAUCUAACCUGGGCCCCACCACUAUCGCACCCAUAGCCACCAAAGCUCCUAAAACAACAAACCCUUCUAAGAUCUAUGGUAAUGGCAUUGUAGCUGGUUUACCUCCAGGCAGAAUUAAUCCGAUAGUUUCUUAUCAGACCCGAACCCCCCCUCUGUCCUGCCCACAGCCCUGCACCUGCAAAGCCCACCCUUCUGACUUUGGCAUUAGUGUCAGCUGCCAAGAGAGAAAUAUCAAAAAUCUAGCUGAUCUCAUCCCCAAACCUCAAAAUGCCAAGAAGCUGCACCUGAGUGGCAAUUACAUCAGAGACAUAAGCCCGGAGGACUUCCAAGGCUUCGAAGGUUUAGAUUUAUUGCAUUUGGGCAGCAAUCAAAUAGUCACAGUUCAGAAGGGCGUGUUUUCUAAUCUGACCAAUUUACGCAGGUUGUAUCUUAAUGGCAAUCAGGUGGAACAGCUGCACCCUGAGAUGUUCCUGGGCCUCACCAACCUCCAGUACCUGUAUCUGGAAUACAAUGCCAUCAAAGAGGUGCUGGCUGGUACUUUUGACUCCAUGCCAAACCUGCAGCUGUUGUACCUUAAUAACAACGUGCUGAGGAGUCUGCCUGCAUACAUCUUUGCCGGUGUUUCCCUUGCCAGGCUCAACCUCAAAAACAACCACUUCAUGAACCUGCCCGUAAGCGGUGUGCUUGACCAGCUGCGCUCCCUGACUCAGAUAGACCUGGAGGGCAACCCCUGGGAAUGUUCCUGUGACCUGGUGGCCCUAAAACUGUGGCUGGAGAAGUUGAGCGACGGAGUGGCCGCCAAGGAGGUCAAGUGCGCCUCCCCAGUCCAGUUCUCCAACAUCAAGCUCCGACUUCUGAAAAACGAGAUCCUCUGUCCCAAGCUCAUUGCAAGACCCCCCUUCAUCCUGACCAGCGCCACCCCAGUGGCCACCUCCAUGUCCCCUGCAGGGGUGGGGAAAGCUCCCCCUGGAGGCCCGGUUCCUCUCUCUAUCAUGAUCCUUAGCAUUCUGGUGGUGCUGAUCCUCACUGUGUUUGUGGCCUUCUGCCUACUGAUCUUUGUCCUGCGGAGGAACAAGAAGCCGGCGGGCCGCCAAGAAGGCAUGGGGAACCAGGAGUGUGGCUCAAUGCAGCUUCAGCUCCGACGGCACAAUAAGUCCAGCAAGAAGGAUGACCUUGGAGGGGAGACCUUUAUCCCCCAGACCAUCGAGCACAUGAGCAAGAGCCACACCUGCGGAAUCCGUGACUCGGAUUCAGGGUUUAAGUUUGGCGACUCACAGAGGCAGAAGAUCAUCCUGAGAAACUGCGCUGACAAAGAUAAGGACUCACUCCCUCUAGACCCUCGGAACAAGAGACUCAGCACAAUAGACGAGCUGGACGAGUUAUAUCCUGGUCGGGAUUCCAAUAUGUUUAUCCAGAACUUUCUAGACAGCAAAAGGGAUUUUAACAGUAUAGGGAUGAGUGGGUUUGAGAUCCGUUACCCUGAAAAACCACUGGACAAAAAGAUGAAAAAGUCCCUCAUAGGGGGAAACCAUAGCAAGAUAGUGGUGGAGCAGAGGAAAAGCGAGUAUUAUGAACUCAAGGCAAAACUUCAAGGUACGCCUGACUACCUGCAGGUGUUGGAGGAACAGACUCAGCUGAGUAAAAUGUAGGCUAUUUAUCCAUUCAUUUCACACCAACCCCUGACACACACACACAUGCACGCACACACACACACAUUACAAAAGUGCCUUCUGGAAAUCCUCUGACCAAUGGAGAACUGUACAAGAGUGCUUCUGUGAGAUAGUAUCAGUAUGAGAAUCAAUGUCUGUGUUGCAAUUACAAACCUUUGGGGAUUGCCGCCAUUCUGACAUGUAUGAAUAUAACAUCAUACCACGAGACACCCUUAAGAGACAGAAUUGCUGCUAAUGAAAUUGGUACUCGUUUAUUCUUUUUUCCAACCAAAUCAUUGGGUUAUGAAAACAAUGUUGAGUGUACCUCAUCAUGACCCCUUAACAGGGGGGGUUGAUUUUUUUGUGGAUCAAAGUAUUUUGGAUGAAUUAACACUAUCAGGAUCAGUGACUGACAUUUCCCCCUGGAAUAUACAGUAUUGGGAUCUCCCAACCCUGCAGACUCACACUACCUGUUGGAUCAUACCACUGUUGGGUAUAGGGGGUCUCUAAAGCCUUUGUUUUCAUUUAGAGAGGAGGCACUUAAAAACUAAUGUGGAAUGAUUCUAUUAAUUGUUUGUGUAAAGAGCCAUGUUAAUAGUGUUUGAAUGAGACUGUGUUUCCCCUCCUCUUGGUGUAUUUGGGUAUGGCACACCGUCGGGACAUUCUUUUAAAGCCCAAGAGAAAAGAGCUGCUUGCCAUGUAAGCGUAUCUGGAUUUAUUUUGUAAGUCUGCAUUAUUUGUAUCUGUGCGACAGUUUGUAAAUUACAACAUAAGACAAAACUACACCGUGAAAAAGAGACUAUACUGGAAAAAGAAAAAGUCCAACAAACACAAAUAUAUGAUCGAAGACCCCUGUCUGCUGUCAAUUCCUAGUCAAUUUAACUACAUAAUUAAUUUAUUUUUCUAUGCAGGAUUAUUUAAAGAUUAUUGGUAUUUAAAAACGAUUGAAACGGACUUGUAGAAUGCAUCGAGCAAUUUGGGCCCAGCUAUCAAGCUACAAAAUGAUUUAUCAAAGUAAAUGUUUAUGUUCUUUGAAUUUUUUCAAGAACCUUAAUGGUCUGGGAUUGAGGGUAAUAGUGAUAUGUGACAUUUUCACUAUUGUAUUGCACGAGCUGAGGCCUGAUAGUUUGUGAAGUUUAACAUUUUCCUUAUUCUUAUAACCCACAGUAUCUUGUAAAAGGUUUCUUAUUAACAUUAUGCAACCAAAAUAAAUGUGCAUUAAAGUGUUACGAUUCUGGAUUGUUUGCGUGUCUGCGAGGGGGUUGAAGCAGAACGGUUGUGUUGGAGAUUCUUUUAGAACAAUCUGUGGAUGAAAAUUGGAUGGCAAUGGAUUUGUUUUAUAAAGCUACUGAUCUUGAAAGAAUCCUAUCAAACAACAUGUGCAAUAUUGAAAUGCUCAAUCAUGAUUGCUUAAAUCAUUUAUUUUAUUUAUUAGUUCAAAGUUAUAUUGUGGAGACGACUUAUUCUAUUUCAAAUUAUUUUAUCCACUUAAUUUUAUCAAGUCCUUAUUUAAAAUAUUGUUAAGUUAAUAAGUGUUUGAAAUACAAAAACUAAUAGAAUGUACCUUGAAAGAUAUAAUAAAUACAAUUUUCUAUCAGUCAGCAGAAUAUUGUAUAUUGGUUAGUUUUUAUUGUAUAAACAUGUUAAAUUCAAGGUAUUAAAAUCAGAACCUAUUUGCACUGUGUUUUUUCCUUUCUUCUUGAAAAUGUCAUUUUGUUUCCUUCGUCAUUUCAGUUGCUUUACAAAAUAAAGCUUUGGAUGCCCAUCGAA